AUGGCGCAGUUGGUCGAUAAGUUGUUGGGGGAAAGCAAGACUAAGAAAAAAGCUAAGAAGAAUUUGUUGUCUAGAGAACUAGCAGAAGAAAAGGCUAGGAAUGCAUUGCUCUUGGACGAAUUGGAAAAGAGUCGUAUGCAAAACGCGGAACUUCUCGCAGGAUUAAAUGUCUCAUCGGCGGCAAACAUCAAUCCUGUUGAUAACGCCGCAAUUGAUUUUGAUUAUGGAAAUAGACUCUGCAGUACACAGCACGUAACCACCCCACCGAGUUUGGAUGAGUCACGAUUUUUGUCAUCCAUGAACCAGCUUUCCGUUGCAUCCAUCAACGUACCGGAAUGCAAACCUAUUGAUGAUGAUGAUGAUAUACAUAGACAGUCAUUCGAGUCAUGGAAGGAUUUGCUUAUCGAUUGCAUGAAGUUGGCGGGAAUAGAUGACGAGUUUACGAAAUUUACGGUGUUUAAAGUGAAAGCCGGGGCUCGCCUGCUAGAGUUAUUCCGGAACACAAAAUCACAAGCAGAUGAUCCGGACCCGGACAUCAAACCCUUUUCAAAUGCUAUGCACAGGCUAAAAUCCUACUUCGGAUCAGGCUCCGAUGUAAUGUUGAUGAGACGCAAACUAGCACUAAUGAGUCAGAAGCCAAUUGAGUCUGACCUGACGUUUAUCACUAGAGUUGGUUCUACUGCUCGCCUUUACGUUUGUAACGCCAGGGACAAAACGUGCAACAACUGCGGUCGAAUGGGACAUAUCCGACGUGCAUGCCGCGCUCAGGAAUCAAUUCCGACACCAAAACGUACAUCAGAUGACCAACUGGAAUCUAUUCCGAAGAUAGCUGCUAUCGAGAAGGAAGAAACCAAUCACGAAGUUGAGGAAAAUAGUAAUGUUACAAAUGCUGCUAGCUACGAUCCAAAGAUAAAGACCGAUAUCAGUUUCCAUCCAGUCGGACGAGUUCAGACUCCAUCUUCAGAACCGAGAAAUAUGGAUGGAACUAUUAUAGCUGAAGUUGCGGGAAUGCGAUGCAUUUUCUUGAUCGAUUCAGGGGCACAAGUGAACACGUUCACCAAAGAUAUGUUUCGUAAACUAAUUAACGAUUCAAGAUAUAGCAGUGGUUUGUUGAACAUUCAAUACAAAGCCGAUAGACCGCUUAAAGCAUACGCUAGCGGUGAAAUUGCAGUAAUAGCAACAUUUGAUGCAAAGUUGUACAUAUCGAACGAUCGACCCAUAUUUCUUGAGAAGUUCUAUGUUGUCAAUGAGAUAUAUUAUGAUAAAACCAAACCACCGUGCAGAAACAUAUUUCUGAACAUUCCGUUGGCAGUGAAACCUCUGGUGGAAGAACGGUUACAGGCCCUUGUUGUGGCAAAUAUCAUCGAACCUGUGAAGGACGGUAUGGAUACGUCAUUCUGUUCUUCCAUGUUGCUGGUACCCAAAGGAAAAGAUGACAUCAGAAUGGUUAUUGAUUUGAGGGGUCCAAACCAAUACAUACAUCGUACGCCAUUUUCAAUGCCAACUUUGGAAAGGAUUCUAGCCGAAUUAGAUGGAGCUCAGUGGUUCUCGACGAUUGACUUGGAAAACGCAUUUUUUCAUAUAGAACUGGAUGAGGACUCGAGACACCUUACUAAUUUCUUCACAGAAUAUGGAAUGUUUAGGUGUGUUCGGCUUCCAUUUGGUUUAUGCAACGCGCCAGACAUAUUCCAAGAAACUCUACAAAGAAAAGUUUUAGGAGGUUGCAAAGGCUGUAAAAAUUACUUAGAUGACAUACUUGUAUUCGGUAAAACGAAGGCUGAACACGACGAAAAUUUGGCAGAAGUACGGGCACGCUUGGAUAACCAUAACGUAAAAAUAAACGAGAGCAAAUGUGUUUUCGGUUCUCAAUCCGUCAAGUACAUUGGAUUUACCUUAACACCCGAAGGCUGGCAGAUUGAAGAUGAAAAAAUCACUGCUAUUAGUAAUUUCAGAAGGCCUGAAAAUUGCUUGGAGGUCAAAAGUUUUUUAGGUUUGAUCACAUUUAUCGAUAAGUUCAUCGUGCAUCGAGCCACGAAAACAGAAUAUCUCCGCUUAUUGGCCAAUUCGGAAAAAUACUACUGGACGGACAACGAAGAAGCGGAGUUCAACUUUUUUCGAGAAACAGCUCUUGAUUCAAUAAAGCGUUUAGGAUAUUAUAGCCCAACGGACCGCAUUGAGUUGUUCGUCGAUGCAUCGCCCGUUGGACUUGGGGCUGUACUGACUCAGUUUAACGAAAAUGAAAUCCCAAGAAUUAUAGCGUGUGCUUCAAAAGUACUUACUGCAGCUGAACAACGAUAUCCCCAGACACAGAAGGAGGCUCUUGCAGUUGUCUGGGGUGUAGAAAGGUUUUCAUACUACCUGCUAACCCGAACAUUUACAAUCAGAACUGAUGCCGAGGCAAAUCAGUACAUUUUCAAUAACAACCAUCGCCUAGGAAAACGAGCCGUCUCACGAGCAGAAGGUUGGGCAUUGCGUCUUCAGCCAUACGAUUAUAGCAUUCAACGUGUUCCAGGUAACCAGAAUGUGGCCGAUGUUCUAUCUAGACUCAUACCUGCAGCACAGCAAGCUCAACCAUUCAAGGAAGAUGAAGAGAACCAUUUCUUGUAUGCAUUGGACUCCGGUUGUAUGGAGAUUACGUGGAGUGAAAUCGAGUCUCACUCAGAAAAGGACAGCGAACUUCAGCUAGUGCGGCAGGCUUUGAUGUCAAAUAGCUGGCCUACCGAACUACGAUGUUUCGAGGCCCAAGUAAAGCACUUACAUGUACUUGGUUCGUUGGUGUGCAAGGACGACAGAGUCAUUCUACCAUAUUUGCUCCGCGAAAAAGCACUUAAAUCUGCCCAUGGAGGGCAUGUAGGAGAGGUAGCUAUGAAGCGCAUCAUGCGAGGGUUUUUCUGGUGGCCCCGUAUGUCUUCAGAUGUAGCACGGUUCGUAAAAAACUGUAACACUUGUACGCUUUUGUCGAAACGUAAUCCUCCUCUGCCACUAGCAAAUAGAGAUAUGCCAACUGGUCCGUGGGAAUUCAUACAGAUCGACUUUUUGUCGAUUCCCAAAUGCGGACACGGAGAAUUUUUAGUCGUGAUCGAUAUAUACUCCCGCUAUCUCUCGGUUGUCGAAAUGAAGGCAAUGGAUGCAGAAUCUACAAACUUAGCAUUAUCCGAAGUUUUUCAAAUGUGGGGAUGUCCACUCGUAAUACAGAGCGACAACGGCCCACCUUUCCAGAGUGCAGCAUUUACGAAAUUCUGGGAGGACAAGGGGAUCAAAGUUCGAAAAUCUAUACCACUUUCCCCACAAUCUAAUGGAGCAGUAGAACGCCAAAACCAAGGCAUAAUUAAAGCAAUUUCAGCAUCUAGAUUGGACGGCAUAAAUUGGCGAUACGCUCUACAGGAAUACGUGCAUAAACACAAUACACUAGUUCCACAUUCGCGACUCAGAGUAACUCCGUUUGAACUAAUGGUAGGGUGGAAGUUCCGUGGAACUUUCCCAAGCUUGUGGAGUAGCUUAAAUGGGAACAAAAUAGACCGCGCAGAUCUGCGAGAACGAGACGCGGAGGCUAAAUUAAUCAGCAAAAAGCACGCUGAUUCUGUUCGCGGGGCGAAGGAAUCUGACAUAAACGUAGGUGAUACAGUAUUACUUGCUCAAAGUAAAAAGAGUAAAACCGAUUCCACUUUUUCACCGGAGCGAUAUCAAGUUAUAGCUAGACAGGAAGCUAAAGUGGUGGUGAUGAGUAAGACAGGCAUCCAGUAUGCACGAAACGUCCAGGAGGUCAAACGAGUACCUGUUGAAAUAUCGGAUGAACCAAGUUCAACCGCACAAGAAGUUCCUGCUAAUAGUUCCAACAUAACCAGCGAUGACACAUUUAUUCCAGCAUCAAAUGAAGCUGUGGAUCGAGAAACGGGAUCUUCAAAAUCGCCGAGGGCUGGUUCAAACAUUGAAGCUAGAAAAUUGCGCAAAAAAGAACUAAUUAUUCGGCCAACAAGAUUUGACGACAAAUAUAUUUACCACUUAUUUUGUUAA